AUGGCCAGCUACUAUGGAGGCCUAGGCCCCAUGCUUAAUACUGUACUCUGGGUGCAAGUGGUUAUCUGUCUAUUUUUCGUUGCUCUACGUAUCUAUACACGUUCUCAUAUCCUCCAUUCAGUUGGUCCUGACGACUACCUUGUUAUGAUUGCAUUGGUCCUGCAGAUAAUCUACUCCGCUUUCGUCACCGCUGGAACAAAAUACGGCGUCGGCCGAAGAUUCAACGACAUCGGAAACCCAGAUGCAUACUUCAAAGCUGUCGAACUGGAAGUUUACAGUCAGGUAGCUGGCAUUUUACUAAUUGGUGUCGGGAAGUGCGCAGUAGGCAUCUUUCUUCUACGCAUCGUCCGAAACAUAUUUCAGAAGCUUUUCAUAUGGACGUUUCUUGCAGGCACGGUCGGUAUCACGCUGUUUGCAAGUGUGGUUGUUGUGGUGCAGUGUGACCCAGUUGAGAGUACCUGGGAUAAGAGGAUCCCAGGAACAUGCUGGAUAGACUUUUCCAAGGUCGGAUUGACAGUUGGAUCUUGGUUCGUCGUUGCCGACUUUUGUUUUGCCAUUCUUCCCUGGUUUGUCAUCUGGGAGCUGAACAUGAAGCGCAAAGAGAAGAUAACAGUUGCGUGUGGGUUGAGCCUUGGCAUCGUUGCUGGGAUAUGUGGUAUUGUCCGAACAGUCGCCCUCGACGGACUCAAUGCCAACGAGUACAUAUAUGACACGGUGGACAUGCUUAUAUGGUCUGCCACCGAGAGUACCGCCACAAUAAUGUGCUCGUCCAUCCCAGUUCUGCGACCUCUCUAUGUACGCUUCCGAUAUGGUAGUAAAGGCGACGGCUCUGAGGGCAAUAGUAGUUAUAAACUUCCAAUGUACGGAAAUCACAGUGGCAAGAAGUACGGAACUGGCACACGGACAGAACCGCCUGCUGGGUCGUCUCAUCAAACGGUAAUUGUGUACAAUGCCAAUAAUGCCAGUGACGAGAGCAUUCUACGCGAUACCAAGACCCAGAAUGAUGGUGGCGGGAUCAGAAGAACAGAUGAGAUCUCGAUCAGUUAUGGAGGGAUUUAA